UAUUUCUAGAAGCUACCUCUUCAUUCCGUUCCUCCAUUAAUCACUAUAAAUACCUCGUGUCCUCUCUCACCUUCAACAUCAUCGAGCACAAGCAUUUACAACGACAGUUACACCUACAUUCUCUGCUUGCAAGAACUUAAUCAUCAAACAAAGAGAAGAUGUCGCUGAUUCCAAGUUUCUUUGGUGGCAGAAGGAGCGACCCUUUCUCCCUCGACGUUUGGGACCCCUUCAGGGACUUCCAAUUCCCGAGCUCUCUUGCUUCUUCAGAGAAUUCUGCAUUCGUGAACACUCGUGUGGAUUGGAAGGAGACUCCCGAAGCACAUGUGUUCAAGGCUGAUCUUCCUGGUCUGAAGAAGGAGGAAGUGAAGGUUGAGAUCGAAGAUAACAGUGUCCUUCAGAUCAGCGGCGAGAGGAACGUUGAGAAGGAGGACAAGAACGACACCUGGCACCGUGUGGAGCGCAGCAGCGGCAAGUUCAUGCGGAGGUUCAGGCUUCCUGAGAAUGCCAAGAUGGAUCAGGUGAAGGCAUCCAUGGAGAAUGGUGUUCUUACUGUCACUGUUCCCAAGGCGGAAGUUAAGAAACCUGAUGUUAAGCCCAUUCAAAUUACUGGUUAAGCAAAAGUAUGCAGUAUACAGUGAUCUAGUAAUCUCUUGUUCUUGAAUGUUGUAGUGUGCUUUCUGCGUGUCAUGUGAAUAAAUGGGAAAUUGAACGGUGAGGUUCUUGUAUUGUAUUUUCUGCGUGUUUUCGUAAAUACCGAAGCAAUUGGUCUUGUAACGUUUUUAUCUUAUACAUAGUUUAAUAAGAGCAUAAGUAAUUUCCAAUA